AUGUCCUUCACUCCCAUUAACGAUAUACCCCAACUUAACGGGAAGAUAAUCCUCGUCACUGGAGCAAAUUCAGGUCUCGGUAAAGUCGCAGCGAUGGAAUUCUGUCGUCACCAGCCGGCUCAGGUCUGGCUCGCAGCUCGCGGUCUCGACAAGGCCCAAGCCGCUGCUGAUGAAAUCAAGCAGCAGCUCCCUCAUGCACCUAUUAAGGCGCUGGAGCUUGACAUGUCCUCAUUUGACUCCGUUAAAAAUGCUGCGAAAGCAUUCAUGUCUAGCUCCGAGCGGUUAGAUAUUUAA